GUGGUUUCUCUCAGAUGUACAGAUGUGUGUGUGACUGGCUGGGUCUGCCCUACAGAGAGGAAGUUCAAUGGGAUGUAGACACCAUCUAUCUGACUCAAGACACACGGGAUCUCAGCCUGCAGGACUUCAGUCAUCUGGAGAAUAGGGAUCUGGUGGCUAUAAUAGCAGUAUUGGAGUACAACCAAUGGUUCACUAAGCUCUCCACAAAGGAUUGUAAACUGUCAGCAGACGUGUCCGACCAGAUCCUUCGGGUGGUGGCCCGGUCCAGUCGACUAGAGGAACUGGUUCUGGACAACGCAGGACUCACUAGGGAUUUUGCACAGAAGCUGGCGAAUGCCCUCUCCCAUAACCCCAACUCAGGACUCCACACUGUCAACCUUGCCAAUAACCCACUGGAGGAUCGAG